UUGCAAGGAGGAAAACAUUGUCAUUCGCAUUCUGUGACAAAUGACUUAGGCAUUUCAUUGAGUUUCCUUUGUUUAGAUUAUUAAGCAAAUCCACUAUACACUACUGAUUUUAUCACAAAGUUGAUUAAACACUCAACAAUGUCAAAAUCUUCGCGAAUGUCUAGUCAUCCUCUUGAACUUAUUGGCGGGGAUUUUAAAGAGGGAGCAGAAAAGCUCGUGAACGAGGAUAAACAAUUGAGUGGUGCAGUGCAGAGGACUGUUACGACAUUGAAACAAUACCAGCACCGUGAAGUAAGACUCUUCAACGAUAUUGCUAAAUUCGAAUUGUCGUUGAAUCUUUUGCGUGACAGCAAUCAGGGUUUGACAGAAGCCAUUGCUCAGAAGACUGUGAGCAAUGAUGAGACUAAAAACCACAUUGAUAUUCGUGAAAAUCAAAAUGAUAAUGAACGAAAAAAUACUCGAGAGGAUCUGCAAAAGAAAGCUGCCUUUUAUGCUCGUCUAAUGAUCGAGUCUCAAAGUGAAUAUAGUUCAAUCAAAUUAGAAAAUGAUACGAAUUUCUACGAGAAACAAUUGGCUGUGAUUUCUUCUGAAGUAAAUAAACUCAUAAGAGAAAUUGGAGCUUUGGAAAAGUCUGCGACAUUUUCUUCGUCACAAGAGUUCGCGUAUGUUUUUGAUCUCAAUAAAUUAAUGAAAGAUGAAGAAGAGCCGAUGAUACGUGAAAUGAGAUCAAAAGAUAAUGUCCAGUUCAUGCUUACACGAGAAAUUAAACAAACUAAACAUGAGAUCUCUUAUCUAUAAGGGAGCGUCAAUGACGAUUACUAAAGAAUCAUUAUUUCAUUUUCAUCUAACUCAUAUGAGUUGUAAAUCCAUUACUCACUUGAUUUGCGAUCAAGCAUUUGAAUUGCAUCGUUAUUAGAGAUCAUGAACCUGAUGAGAAGGGGAAAAAUCGUUGAAAAAGAAAAAAUAGUUGAAAUUUACAAUAUUAAUAAUCUACUCACUUGGGCUGAAAUUAUUACUAAUCAAUUGAUGUUAUAUUAUUUAAGGCUCGGGUGGAUUAUCUAGAAAAGAUAAUUUACUCCGAAAUUCGGAUUCCUAAUUAC